AUUGAGAAGAUUGGAUGAUGAAGAGAGAGAUGAAAGUGAAGAAGAGAUGAGCCAAAAUUAAGGUAGAAGACUUUAGUCUUUUGUGUCGUUAAGGUUAUGUUGUUAUUGUUGUUGAAAUAUAAUUGUGAUCAUCAUCUUCAUCUUUAUCAUCAUUGAGACCAAAUAUUGACAAGCAAUAUACACUUUUUCAUAUACACUUUCAUUGUAACUUACAUUGUAAAUGUUUUUAGUGUUUGUGUUGAGUUUUGUUUUGCCUUGAAUGCUGUAACAAACACAUCAACAACCAAAGCAACUUUCAACUUUCAUUUGAUUAUAAAGACAUUUCAUGUUUCCACCAAUUCUGUAAUUCACAUGGAAAGUCAAAAAUGAGUGAAAAAGCAAGGUGAAAUUUGCUCAAAAAUCUGAUCAGUGAACAUUAUUCAAUCUUUACUGCCUUUAAAGGUUAACAUCAAAGUUGUGUUGGAUUUACUGAUUAUUGUGAAAAAAAGAGUAAAAGUGAUUUCUUCAAUUGAAGCUUUUCUUUCUGGUUUUUCCUUCCUUUCUGUCUGUGCACUGUGUGUCCAAUCGAUAUCAUUAUGAAUCGAAAUAGUUCACGUUUAGAGGUUCCACAAGAGUUGACCAAUUUACUGCUCGAUUUUACUGUAAGUGUGCUAAUCAACAAACCAGGAGAUGUUGUUGAUUAUGCGGCUUCCUACUUCAACCGUUUGAAGGAUGAAAGAAAGGCACCAAUUAGGUGUCAGACAACAAGCUCAUCAUCGUCAACAACAGCAGCAACAAUUACAAAUCAAACGGAUAAACAUUUGGAUGAGGAGAAUGAAAAUGAAGACUCUUUUGAUUUCAAACCGCCAACAAAAUUAUCUUUUAAUCGGAGAAAAUCAGUAUUUGCUGAACAUUACGAUCCAGCUGAAGAAGAUGACGACGAAGGAGAAAAGGUAGUUUAUCCUAAAAGUGAUGAGCAAAGAAGACGUUUGGGUGAAGCAGUCAAAGGUAUAUUAUUAUUCAGAUCUCUAGACCAGGUAGACAUGUCAGAUGUUCUUGAUGCCAUGUUUGAACGGAAAGUCCAAGCUGGUGAAUUAGUUAUAAGACAAGGCGAUGAUGGUGACUAUUUUUACGUAAUAGAAAGAGGAACUUUCAGAUUUUACUGUACAAAUGAUGGGAAACGCAUUGAACUUGGUGAAUACACAGAUUCAGGAAGCUUUGGUGAGCUUGCACUUAUGUAUAAUAUGCCAAGGUCAGCAUCCGUUGAGGCCAAAACCGAAGGAUCACUUUGGGCAAUGAGUCGUCAAACUUUUCGAAAGAUAGUUUUAUCAAGAGCUUUCAAGAAGAGGAAAACGUAUGAAGCUCUUUUGGAAAGAGUUGAAAUGUUGAAGUCUCUUGAGGCUUAUGAAAGAAUGAACCUUUGUGAUGCUCUGACACCGAAAUCAUAUAAAAGUGGAGAAACAAUCAUCAAAGAGGGAGAUCAGGCUGAUGGAAUGUAUUUUGUUGAAAAUGGAACGGUGGUGAUUACAAAAAUUGAUGAGAGAGGACAAGAGAAGGAGUUGUCAAGAUUAACAAACGGAGGUUACUUUGGAGAGUUAGCGCUAAUAACACACAAACCUAGAGCGGCAUCCGUUCGAGCCGUUGAUGACGUUAAAGUUGCUUUUCUCGAUGUUGGAGCAUUUGAACGACUUUUGGGACCCUGUAUGGAUAUAAUGAAGAGAAAUUUCAACGACUACGAAUCUCAAUUAGAAAAGAUUUUUGGCAGCAAGGCAAACAUAUCAGAUCUACGGUGAUUCCUCGAUAGCUGCGUUUUUGGUCCAGGCCUUCAUCACGAAUAAAGAUAACAUCAAAGCCUAUUAUUAAAGAAAGAGAAUUAUAAAUAUAUAUAUUACAAAGAUAACUCUUUUUUCUGUGUCAAGACAACUUAACCAACCAACCACACAACAUACAACCAUACAAAAUCAAAAAGACUAUAUUUCAUCGACCUACAAAAAAACACAAACUAAUAUAUACAUAAAAACAUUUAACUGCAUACAAACCUUCAUACUUACUUACAUCUUACCUUUACACUAAAAACAAAAAACCGGAAUCAUUUCCACAACUGGCUUAAAAAGCACGCACAUAACCAAGUAACAAAAAGAUAAAAAAACACCAAAGUGAAGGUGUCUGGUCACACGCACAUCACUUAUUGAUGCACACAUCAGUUAAGAUAACUAAAAAUUCAGUAAACGCAUCACUAAUCUGAUCGAUUGAAUCUUUUUAAAAUGCUUCAACUACGCACUUGAUAAUGGGACGGUAAAAGUGAUACGAUGGCGUUAAUAAAAUGGUGAUAAAAUGAUGACUUUGGUUACCAACUAAAUGGUAAUCUGAUGACUGUGAAAAACAAAUUCAAACGAAAAAUUAUAUUUUGAAACAAAAAGACGUUAAGAUCAGACGUUAAUGGAGGCAAACUACAAAGCAAACAAAGAAUCAGCUUAUUCAUCAGGUCAAAGCAGAAAAAAUGGAGAUAACAAUCUGGUAACCUUUCCCCCUUUAAAAUGAUUCAAUGUUCAUUGUUGAGUUAAACCCGUGAGCAGCUUUUGCAAGCAGAAGAGGACAAAUAAAAAUGGUGCUUUGUUUUAAAAGAUAAUUAACAGCAAAAAUAAACUGUCGCCAAAUUUGGAGAGGAUGAUCCUAGGAUUAAAUGGGUUGUUACUGAAAAGACACAAUUAACAAAAUUGUCACAUUUAUGCACAAAUUGAAAAAUCAAACAAAGCUCAAUAGAUUUUUAAUUUUUCAGUUAACAGACAACAUUGAAAGCUUUGGGAUUUGAAAAAUUCAUCGAAAGAACAUAACUUGCAUUGGUUUUCAAUUGUGUCUGUGGUUGACAUAAAUUUGACCAUUUUCUUCUGAUUGCAAGAUCAACUCGAAAGAUAAAGAUGAACAAAAUUGGAUCAAAUAAUUGUUAAAGUGAAGUUCACGUUUAACCUUUCCAACCAUUUUGUGCGGUCACUCGUGAUAAAUACCAAACUAAUCAGCAUCAAGUAUUGUAGCAAAUUCCUGCUUCCAAUUAUCACCAUUUUUAUAAACCAAGCGUCUUGCGAAACCCAAAACCAUUUCAAGAAAACGUUAGAAAUUCUUGGAAAUGUCAAAUGUGAAACAAUUCAUGAGGUGUUAAACAAUCGCUACUUCUCAUGGGAAUAAGCCAAAGUAACCAUUAAAACGACCAGAAAACGCCAUAGAAUGUGAUCAAGUCCCGGGUAAAGUGACGCGUCAAUCGUUCUAGACUGGAAGCCAAUAAUAAUAAUUACCCAGUGCGUCAAUACCACAAAAGAUACAAACCAUGAAGCCAAAACCUUCGGGAACUCAACCUGAUCAGCCAAUUUUUGGAGCGAAUAUUUGUCAUCAUUUUAUGGCAACGAAAACCCAGAUUUAGCUUCAUCCAACAUUGAAUCUUUAAAUUCAAUGUAAACCAUCCAGCAUGGAAAACGCUCUAGUUAGAUAAUUAGAAAUACCAUUUUAAUUUGACCAUCUUAACAUUCCAUAGGCUUCAAUGCUACCAUUAACCAUUCGUUUUACAUCUGGAUCAUCAAUAAGUAAAUUCUGUGGCCAUAAUCAUCAAAUUGGAAUAAUUUUUCUCUUCUUUACUUUUUGUUCUCUUCUAUUUGAUCAAAACUGUAAAAAAACAACAAAUUAGCAAAGUUAUAAAAUACAAAUUGAUAAUGUAAUACUAACAAUAACAAUCAGAUAAAUCGUCAAUGAAGACACCAAUAUGUUAUUGUGUACGUGUCUCUGUGUGUAAAUGUACUGUAUGUAUGGUAAUUAAGUAAGGAGAGGAAUAAAAGGUGACAGAGAGAAAUGAAAAGGCAAACAAUUUACUAACAAUAAUAGUGAACCAAUUUAAAAUUAUACUUAUCGUUUCUCUGUUUCCUCUUUUUUUUAAUUAAAUAACAAGUAAAUUUGUAAAGUCUCCUCUCUCACUGCCAACUUUAAAAUUAUACAAAAAAUUUAAUUGGAAAACUCAAAACUCGUAACUGUCUUAACUAAAGUUGUGGAAAUAUAAUUGUUGUAAUGACCAGUGAAAGUAAAAGCCAAACUACCAUUCGAAGUGAACCAACCUGAAAAAUAUGGUAA